UGACGGCAAUUUUGGAAGAACUCGUGUCACGUUACAUAAAUAUCAAAAAGCAUAAAAACAUUGCAUGUGUUAAGUUAGAUUUAUUGAAAGUUAAAUUAAUUUUUUAUGUUCAUCUCCUGAGUUAUGUUAAAUAAAAUGUACUAGCUAGUGUUCUGAUAUAAAAGUAUAGUCUAAAGCCUCACAAGUAUUUGUAUCAACGGUGCUCCGCAACUACAUAACAUUUUUUAUCAUUAGCAUAAAGAGUGCGCUAGCUAGAAUCGAAACCUUAAAAAAGCAUUGAAAAAAGAAAUCUAGAAUGGCUGAUAAGAAAGUGGUUCGCGUUGGUUCAAGAAAGAGCGAGCUUGCCCUCAUUCAAACCAAAUAUGUUAUAUCCUGUCUUCAAAAACUCAACCCUGACGUUCAGUAUGAGAUAUAUACGAUGACAACGGUGGGUGACCGUGUACUAAACAAGUCGUUACCGAAAAUCGGAGAAAAAUCUUUAUUCACUAAAGAUUUGGAAGAUGCUUUGACGACGGGUGGCGUUGAUUUCGUAGUUCAUUCCCUGAAAGAUUUACCCACGGCCUUACCACUGGGCAUGGCCAUUGGCGCAGUUUUGGAACGAGAAGAUCCCCGUGAUGCGCUGGUAUUAAAUGAAAAACAUCGUGGCAAAACCUUGGCCACGUUACCUAAAGGAAGUAUUAUAGGGACGUCGUCUUUACGAAGAUCAGCCCAGUUAGCCCGCAACUAUCCUCACUUAAUCGUAUGUGAUAUACGAGGAAACCUUAAUACUCGCCUGGCUAAACUGGAUGCUGAAAAUUCCAAGUUUGCCGGAAUAAUACUUGCUCAAGCUGGUUUGGUGCGAAUGGGCUGGAAUAAACGGAUCGAUCAGGUCUUAGAACCCACCGAAAUUUUGUAUGCCGUUGGACAGGGAGCGCUAGCUGUCGAAUGUAGAUCGAACGAUGACUAUAUUUUAGGAAUGUUGUUUAAACUUUGUCACUUAGAAACCCAGUGCAAAAUUAUCGUAGAACGAAGUUUUCUCAAAACCCUCGGUGGUGGCUGUAGUGCCCCGGUAGCCGUUUGUACAAACCUAAAGCGGAAACAUGACUCCAAAUCUUUACAACUUUAUAUAGAAGGUGCUGUCUGGAGCUUGGAUGGGAAAUCCGAAAUCAAAUCAACCCUUGACUGUGAACUGCAGUUCAACGAAAAGGGACCAACUGAUGAAACAGACGAUGCCGUUCCAAUCAAGAAAACAAGAACUGUUGAAGACAAUAAUUCGGAUAAUAACGGUAAUAAUCAAACAGAGACUACAAAAUUGAAUCCACCGUUGAGUGAGAAAAAAAUUGACCUCGCCAAGUUUGUGAGCGUUCACGAGGAAAUGUUCCAAAAAUGUCCCUUUUCAAAGGCUCAAAAUAAAACAAAAGACAUUAAAGAGCAAGGACAAGGAGACGCAAAGCCAUCAUCGGUUUGUCCCAGUACGAGUUUUCCAGUCGGUAUCGAUUUUAUGGGUAACUGCCCAUACGUGAGUACUGAACAAAAAAUCGACGCAUCGGUUCAGGUGCCCAUGAAGUGUCCCAUUGCCGUGCACUGCGAACCUUCGACCAGUAUGCCACACAUGUCUGCCGAUCAGUGUCCUUUCCUAAAAGAACAAGCAAAAAUUCUGGAUUACAACGAGAACAUGCCUCAGGGAACGGAAACUCCAACACUCGAGGACAACAGUGAGCAUUUGCACUGUGGAAUGUACUGUCAUGGGAAGCUAGAACGCACAAUACUCGAUAAGUGCGAAAAGCUAGGCCAAUCGUUAGCACAGGAGUUGAUCUCCAAGGGAGCAUUGGAAGUUAUGAAAUGUGCACAAAACGAAAUCCAUUCAAAAGCAUAGGCGCUUUAUGACAGAUCAUAUAUUAAAAGCAGUAUAGACAGCUAAUGAUAGUAGAAAAAUAUAAUGGUGAAAAUGUAUACCUAUAAUACAAAGAAAAUCGGACAGGGAAGAAAUGUGGAAUUGUUAAAAACAACUGUGGCAAUUCCAGAGUUGAUCAAUUUCAAAACUAAUUUAUGCUCGGCAAAAUUUUGUUAUCGAAAUUGUAGGUGAAAUCCUAAUAUAUCUUCUCAGUUAAAGCACUAUUUCGUAUGCAAUUAUUGGUUCGGCUGAUUUUUUUUUUUUUUCAUUUAAUACUUUUUUCAUUCACAGUAUAAUUGAUGAACUUCUUGACCCUUUGAUGAUUAUUCAUUUUCAUCGCAAUUCAGUUUUUGGUUAAUUGUAUAAUCAUUGGUAGCUCCAGAGAGUUCAAAAGUUUCCAAGUACUUUAUUCAGGAAGUUGAAAAUGUUUCCCGGUAUUGUCCAUUGUCCUCAGGUGAGUCGAACAGAAUAGGUGUGCAUAUAUGCAAGAAAAUAUAGUUAAUUUGUCUGUGGUUAAACUAAGGCAAAGAUUUUUGACUAUGGUCACGGUUCUAGGUAUUUUUUUUUUUUGGUACAUUUUUUUUCUAUAAUAAAACUUCUGACUCAAGGUCA